AUGCCUCUGCUUUCGUUUCUUAAAAAGUCUACCCGAUCCCAUAGUACCCAUAGCCAUACUGAUUUGCCAGAUGAUAUUUGUUUCUCAAUCAUGGCAUUUCUUGAUUCAAAGGAUGUUCUUUCAUCGUGUAUUCUAAUUUCAAAGCAGUGGCAAAGGGAGGCAACAAAUAUUAAAUUGACUUGGAUAAAAAAGCGAUUGAUCAAGGGAAGGGAUUUGGUUAAAUCAAUAUCAGAAUCAAAUUCAAAAUAUUUAAAUAAUUUGACGUUUCUAAGUUUUAGAUAUGCUGCUCCAAGUGCCAAAUUAGAUAAUGCAGGAUUGAUCGAAUUAGCCAAAUGUUCAAACUUGCAAAAUUUGAAAACUUUGAUAUUAUUUUGUAACAAGAUAGGAGAUGAAGGAAUUGAAGGCUUCACUCAAUCUGAUAUAUUUCAAAAUUUAACACAUUUGGAUUUGUAUGGGAAUUAUUUAACUGAUAAAGGAGUUUCAAAAUUGGCUAAUUGUAAAUAUUUAAGCAAAUUGACCCAUCUGGAUAUUUAUAAUAAUGAGUUUGGAGAUGAAGCAAUUAGAUCAAUAGCCAAUAGCCCCUUUCUGUCCGGCCUUACCUAUUUGGACAUUUCAAAGAACAAUGUGACUCAAGCUGGAGCAAAAUCCCUAUCUGAGAGCUUAUAUAUUAAGAAUCUGACAGAAUUGAAUUGUUAUCGAACAUUUUUUAGGACCGAGGGUCUAACAUCACUAGCCAAUAGUGAAAAUAUGAGCAAUCUGACCAACAUCUCUCUUGACAUUAAUGAAAUUGGAGGGAUAGGAGUUACUGCACUAGCUCACAGUCCUUACAUUAAGAAUCUGAAAACCUUGGCUCUCUAUGGGAAUAAUGCAGGUGAUGCAGCAAUAAUAGAUUUAGUACAAAGUCCGAACAUGUCAAAUUUAAGAGUACUAGACGUUUCAAAAACUGGAAUUAGUGAUAAAGCUGCUGUGGAAAUUUCACAAAGCGAAUAUUUGAGAAACCUUACUGUAUUAGAUAUCAGUACUAAUAAUGUUCAAAAGGAGGGUUUUGAAAGGGUUGUUUCCAGCACUAUUCUAUCGAAGGUGACAGAUUUAAAUUGUAGUUGUAGAUAUUUCACCGCGGAACAUGCAAAUAUUGUAUUUAAUGGACUCAAUAUGAAAAAUAUCAAACUGUUAAACAUGACCCUGAAAGGGGUGGAAGGUAUUAAUAUGAUUUCUGAAUUGCCAUACCUCAUCAAUAUUCACACUCUCAAUUGGAGUCACAACUUUAUUGGAGACAAGGGAUGCCAAGUAUUAAGUCAGAGCCCUUACUUGAAAAGUAUUACAAAAAUUCAUUUGGGAUCGAAUCAUAUUGGUGAAGAGGGAGCAAAAGCGCUAGCCAACUCUCCAAAUUUUAAAAAUCUUAAAAUACUUGAAUUGACUUGCAAUAAUUUGGAAAAUUCUGGAGUGCAAUACAUUUGCAAAGGUCAAUAUUUUGGAAAAUUAGAAGAAUUAGUUAUUGCUGAUAACAAGAUUGGAGAGGAAUCAAUUAUUUCAAUAAGCAGAUCUCGAUCUCAACUUUUCAGUUUGAAAAAAUUGGACAUUUCUGACAAUAAGCUUUCUGAAUCGAUUGUAAAAAUGGCACAAUCAAUCCCUUGGCUGGAAAUUGUUUUGGUCUGA